AUGGUCAUCCUGGCAGAAGCUUGUGUCGCUGCCGCUCUCGCAACCGACAUCCACAUCGGAACAUCGAAUAUGGCCGUAGUGCCACCACAAGGAUGUGAGCACUGUUCAAGAAGCCAGAUCAAAGAGCUGGGCUCUGUGGCCAGAGCUGCCAAUCAGACGUACUUGACAAGAUCCGAGUUGGAUACGACGCUGUUGGUCCUCAAUAUCCGCGCCGACGAUACCGCCCAAGCUGAGAAUAUUCAAACGGUCUUAUGGACACUAGUCGUUCUCUCAGCAGUGUUUCUUGGAUUGAGGAUAUACUGCAAGAUAUCCUACACGUACACAAAGAUCCGAAUCGAGGACAUUAUCCUGGUUGCCUCCUGGCUGGUCCUAGCAUCAGAUGCCGCCCUCAAUGAGUUCAUCAUCAAAUCCCGAUUCGGCCGACCCGACUUCCCUAUUACCGUCGACAACAUUACAGUAUUAGCUAUCGUCGGUCUUUCUUCCAUCACGUGCUCUUUUGUCGGUCAAGUCUGGAGCAAGACUGCGUUCGCUAUAUCGCUAUUACGAAUGUGCGAUGGGUGGAAAAAGGCCUUUGUGUGGUUUUCCAUCAUUUCCAUGAACGUUCUCUUUGCAUUUUCCUCCUUGUCGUUUUGGGUUGGGUGUGUACCGUUGGAGAAGAGAUGGAAGCCAUUCGCGGAGGGAACCUGCUACGAUCUCAAGUGGGUUGUUUCAUUCGGAAUCUUCGUUAGUGUAUACUCUGGCCUCCUCGACAUCGCCUUAUCAAUCAUCCCAUGGCUCAUUCUUAUGCGGCCCAGGCCGGCCGAGGAGUCAUCUGGUCUGACUUUGAGCAGGAAGGAGAAGAUCGGUGUAUCUGUGGCUUUGAGUAUGGGAAUGUUGGCCGGAAUAGCGGCGUUUGUCAAAGCAUCAUAUAUGCGCUCAGUAAAUGAUACCACUGGUGAUUUUUCUCAUGGGGGAGCAGAGUUGGCCGUUUGGGCCGGGGCUGAGACAGCCAUUACGAUCAUGGCAUCGACUAUUCCCGUAUUGCGUGUUCUGCUGCGUGACACAGCAAUCAAGACUAAGUAUCUUCCCGAAGCUAUCAAAAUGAGGGUUCGGAGCACUGUUAGGAGGUCGGAGAGAGCAUCAGAAAGACCUGUGGCGCAACCUGAGGAAGACAAAAUUCCUAUUGUCUCGUCAGGCGCCUCAAUGUCUACUGCUGGUGCCUCUUCCACAUCAUCGGGCUCAACUGUGGACUCACAGAAGACAUUGAUAUCCAAAACACCGGAUAUCCGGAAGAAAUGA